UCUCCUCUAUGCUCUGAUUACUAUCAGUGUUGCUGCCAGUUGGUCAUAUAAAUAUUCUGCAUUCAUCGAAAACGGGCAAAGUUUUUUGACUGUAUACUGGAAGCUUACCGGGGUGAAACAAGCAGUCAUUUGGGAGAUCGGUGUUCUAUCUUUAAUGAGUACCAUUCUCGCAGAUUUAUACAUAAUUUGGUGCUGCUUGGAUGGUUUGGGGACGACGCUGGCUUUUUGUUCUGCUUCCAAUCCUUUGCCUAAUUUCCACAACUGUGUCGAAAAUCAUUGAUGUACAUCAUGUGUACUUCAGUGCAACCGACUCAGUAUUCCUGACGCUCUACUUAUCUUUUAUCCCGGCAACAACAUUAUGGUGCACCGUGUUCAUCAUUUUCCACAUUUUGACUGUUACCGGGGUUAGAUGUGGAGCAGGCAGCCAACUGAGAUUUUAUCACCGUUUUAUUGAAGUGCUAGUGGAAUCCUCCGCUCUCUAUUCGAUAGCUUCUAUCCUAAACUUGGCUUUCUUCAUUCGCAAUGAUCUUGGAUCAUAUUGCUUUGAUGUAAUAGCUGCCAUUGCGAAGGGAGUUGCGCCCACGCUCUUUGUUGGCAGAGCAGCGGCAGGACACACAUGCCCAACCGAAGAACAUGAGGAAAGUACGACAGUGUCGACCAUUUGUUUUCAGAUGUCUUCGCAAUCUUCUCAACCUUUGCAACCAGUCACUUCAAGCUUUCAGGAAUCCACCAGACAGAACGCAGUCCUUGAAAUGGACAUUGAAGCCCAGAUGGAGCGGUCGGAUGAUCUCGUUGUAUCCGUUGUAAAUAGGCAAUAGUGGUCAUGAUGAACAACCUAGAGUCCGGCCUCGGACCCUGUUCUGUUUUUUGUCUUAUCCUUUCUGAUUAUCCUUCUUCGGUGUUUACUUUUCGAUCGCCUAUACACUACCU